UACUUUCUUUCUUCUUUCAAUUCUUAUUAUAUAUAUAAAGAUUAAAAAAAGAAAUUACAUCAGAUUGACACAACACGGGGCCGCCCCACCAAUGUGAUCUGGUACCGCUGUUUUGCUUCGCCAAGGCUGACUCCACUCUUCUUCUUCUUCUUCUUCUUCUUCUUCUUCUUUUUUUUCAUCCGACUUUCUGUGCGACAUGUUCGUCGGCAACUCUUUCAGGCAACCGCGUACAUCAAACACCCAAUCAAUAGAUCCCUCUUACUUUCCCCAAUUUCAGAUCGUUCUAUUUGGCGGUUGGAAUGAUAUUCAGAUCGUUCGUGGUGGUUAUUGGUGAUUUGAUUACUAUUGGGUUUCUGUGAAUUGGGUUUAUUGGUUUUCUUAAUCUGUUUGCUGAGAACUGCGAGAACUUCUCUAAUUUGGUAUAAGUUCGAGCGCGGAAUAUCUUAUAAAUGGAAUAUUAUGAGUAUAUAUGCUUCACAGAUUCACACUCUGUUUUAAUAAAUUAAUGGGAGAAGGAAAUAAAUGUUUAUUGAUUGCUGCGUUCAAGGAUCGGAAUUUGUUCCCUGGGUAUUGGGAAGAUAAUCAGAGGCCGCCGGGAUAUUGCAUUUUGAGAUUGGUGGUCUUUAUUGGUACAGCUUGUUGAUUAUUCUUUUGUUUAAAAUUUAAAAAUAUCAAUUUUUGCUGACAUUGACAAACAAAGUUUCUUUGUAAUACCUCAUUUGGAGGAGAUGGAGGAUGAAGAAGUAAGUUACUCUUCAAGUGUAGAUUUGAUAGAAAGAACACUUGAUGGUUCACAGCGCCGGCUUAUAUCCACUGAUUCUCUACUGCCAGGGCUCAAUGAUGAUGCAGCAAUGAAUUGCUUUGCGUACGUUCGAAGGUCAGAUUAUGCUUCUUUAUCGUGUGUUAAUUCAAGGUUUAACAAGCAGAUUAGAAGUGGUGCCUUGGCUGAGUUGAGGAAGAAGAUAGGGAUUGUGGAGUACUGGGUGUAUCUGGUUUGUGAUCUGAAGGAGUGGGAGGCGUUUGAUCCUGAUAGAAAUAAAUGGAUGGCAUUACCUAAGAUGCCAUGUGAUGAGUGUUUCAACCAUGCUGAUAAGGAGUCCUUAGCAGUAGGCAGCGAGUUAUUGGUUUUUGGUCGGGAGUUUUACGAUUUUGCUAUAUGGAAAUAUGCAUUUUUUUCUCAUUCUUGGGUAAAAUGUCGAGGAAUGAACCAGCCUCGUUGUUUGUUUGGAUCAGGCAGCCUUGGUUCAAUAGCCAUUGUAGCAGGUGGGAGUGAUAAAAAGGGGAAUGUUCUAAAAUCAGCAGAGUUAUACGACUCAUCAAAGGGUCGGUGGGAAACGUUGCCUGACAUGCACAUCCCACGUCGCUCAUGUUCCGGUUUCUUCAUGAAUGAAAAAUUCUACGUGAUUGGUGGGAUGUCGAGUCCUACAGUAUCACUAACAUGUGGAGAGGAGUAUAAUUUAAAGAAGAGAAAGUGGAGAAAAAUAGAAGGCAUGUAUCCGUACGUGAAUCAAGGUGCUCAGGCUCCUCCUCUAGUUGCAGUUGUGGAGAAUGAACUAUAUGCAGUGGAGCAUUUAACAAAUAUGGUUAUGAAGUAUGAGAAAGUGGGGAACACAUGGAAUGUGUUGGGAAGACUUCCAGUGAGAGCAGAUUCUUCAAAUGGAUGGGGACUUGCUUUCAAAGCUUGUGGGAAAAAGCUUGUGGUUGUAGGAGGACAAAGAGGCCCAGAAGGUGAAUCCAUUGUGCUAAGUUCAUGGUGUCCAAAGUCAGGAGUCAAUAAUGGGAUUUUGGAUUGGAAGAUAGUAGGAGUGAAGGAACAUGUUGGGGUUUUUGUCUACAACUGUGCAGUUAUGGGCUGUUGAAGGAAGAAUCAUUCAUAACUUUGAUUUGACAGAAGCUAGUUUUUUUCUUGGUUUCUCUUCUAUAAAAGGGAUCUUCUUAGUUUUUGGUUUUCAUAACUGUAGUUAAUAAUUGUUUACAUAGUUUCACUCUUUUCUGGAUUUGGCUUUUACUCAAUAUAUGGAAUUACAUUAUCUGCCUUUUGCUGCCUUCUGAAUUGUUAAGUUAUAGGUAAAAUUAACCCCCCACCCAUUCUCUUGUGUUCUAUCUUUCUUGUAGGCAAACAUUUUAUGUAAAAGUCAGUUUUCAAUUACUGUUUCAGAAAUUAGGUACUUUCUGUUUCUGAUGA